AUGGUGAUUCAAGUUCACAUUUUGAACCCUGAUCAGGCCCAGGCGGCGCGACCAAGUUUUGGGGAAUUACUCCUUGGAAGGAGUAGUCAGCAAGGUUUAGGAGUUGAAGGAANUAUUUUCAACCCUGAUCAGGCCCAGGUGGCGCGACCAAGUUUUGGGGAAUUACUCCUUGGAAGGAGUAGUCAGCAAGGUUUAGAAGUUGAAGGAACAUGCGGAAGGUUUCUAAGAUGGGGUGCAAUGGUUCCAAUCAACCUCUGCCCUUCGAGAUUGAAA